UUAAAAGCAAAGAGUGACCACCAAACCUUAAGUAAGAGACCUGAAACAAAGAGCUGCUGUGUUCUAAGCAUCUCACGCACAGCCUCGGGGAGCUUCAGUGUGAUUAAUUCAGAGACUCCAAAUCAGUCACUGCACAGCUCUGUGCACAAGAUAAAAAAGUAGGCUGCCCCAAACCGCGCUGGGGCUCAGAGCGGUCUCAAACCAGAGACACGUGUGACAGCUGUGCUUCACUGAGUUGUAGGUUCCCAGCUGGGAUAGGGCUAACUUUGAGAAGCCAAACAUCCACCAGAGAUCACAUCCCUCCCCGAAGGACUGGAGGAAACCUUCUGCAGGCCUUGGGGUGCAGCUGCAAGCAGUUGGUGUCCCACACGUGUUACCUCUGCUGUUCUCUUUGAGAGAAGAUGAAGGUGCUACUGGGCCUGGCUCUGGUGCUGACAUUACUGGGGAGGAGCAGCAGCUUGACUGGAUGGGUGUUCACAGAGCCCUGGCUCCAUGCUAGCGCUGGAGAUUCCGUCCUGCUGCGCUGCCUCUUCCAAGACCCAGAGGCCACGGGCUGGACGGUGACCAAAGUGGACUGGCUGCGUGUGCCAGUGGCUGGCAAACAGAAGGAGGAGAUGGUAUUUUAUUACUACAGCAACUCUAGUGUCCCUGUGGGCCGUUUCCAAGACCGGGUGCGGUGGCAGGGGGACGUCUCGUGCUGGGAUGGCUCUAUCCAGCUGCAGGACGUGCAGGUGAAUGACAGUGGCAUGUACACGUGUGAGAUCCGUCUGUUUCAGCACGGCAGCAUCUUCAAGAACCACACGAUGCUGCGUGUCAGCCCUGCAACACAGAGAGAUAGAGGAGCAGAGAGUGCCCAAGUCCAGGGGCGCACUGGAGUUUGGGCUGUGACCGUGUGCUGCAGCGCCGUGGCCGUGGUGCUGGCUUUCCUGGCAGGACUCAACCUGAGGAAGAGGUCUGCAGCCACCACGGCCCUGGAGAGAGCCAGAAAUGAUGGCAGCAAGGACAAAGCCAAGGAAGGGCUUUACUCCUCGAUCCCUGAAGCUGAGGUGCCUAAGGCUGAUCAGGAUGCAGGGAAGAAAAGGAGAGCUGAGGAGACCUACAUCACCAUGCAUCCCUCCAUCCUCCAUGAGAAUGGCAUCUACGUGGAGCUGGCCAGGGGGGUGAUCCCAGCAGAGUGGAUGGCAGAAGGCAGACGGGAUGGUGGGCACAGCGAGCAGCCCUACAGCCAACCCCAGCAGGAACUUCCUCAUGUCCCAGAGAGGGGGAAAUAGCCACACUGGGGCUGUAAACCCCUUAGCCAGCAGCUACAUGCAAGACUUCUUUGCUCCUUCGGCUAGUCCCUGUUAAGCUGCUGUCAGCCCUUAACUGAUAUCUCCAUCCUGAGCUGCUGCUGGGACAUGGCUUACCUGGCAUCUGCAAGGUGACCUGGUGAGGUGUCCCCUUUGGGUCCUUUCUCCCUGGUCCUCAGAAAGGGAUGCAGAGGGCAUAGUCCCCACUUCCCAGCACUUUUUCCCCCGACCAGCUCCAGGACUGGAAAUAAUGAGGAGAGCCUGGCUGGGGAGGGGA